AUGUCACACCGCAACAUCUGCAUCACUGCCGUCGACGGCAACACGGGCUCCAGUAUCGCUAAGUACAUUCUUGAGAAUGAGAGCUUCAAGAAGAAGGUCGGCACCGUCACAGGCCUUGCCCUCGAUCAGAAUGCACCUCAUGCCAAAGAAGUCCAAAAGCUAGGAGCGAAGAUCAUUCAGCACAAGCCAGGUAGAAUCAAGCAAAUGGUCGAGCUAUUGAAGUCCACCGGAGCGGAUGCGGUUUGCCUCAUCCCGCCGGCUUCGGAGAAGAAAUUGGAAAUCACACAGGAAUUGAUUGAGGCGACCAAGAGAGCGGGAAUCCCAAACGUGUGUUUCAUCAGCUCGGCCGGGUGUGAUUUGGCAGAUCCACAGAAACAGCCCCGGCUACGAGAGUUCAUUGAGUUGGAGGCGCAGGUGUUGGUUGCAAAGGGGAAUCCACAGACGGAGGCGGGACAUUCACCAGUGGUGAUUCGGCCAGGUUUUUAUGCCGAGAACCUUCUCUUGUAUGCCCCGCAGAUAUUACAAGAGAAGAGCAUUCCAUUGCCGAUUGGCAGUAACCAUAAGUUUGCACCAAUGGCUCUAAGGGAUCUUGCACAGGUGGCUUCACACGUGUUGACGGGCAAGGGGAAGCAAGGAUUCAGUGACAGACACCGCGGACAGUUGAUGGUGCUCACAGGACCCAAACUGGUCGCCGGAGAAGAACUUGCGACAGACGUAUCCCAGGCUCUGGGUGACGAGCUCCAAUUCGAAGACAUCUCCGAGAACGAGGCCAAAUCAGUUCUUCAAGAGCAGUCCUCCCUGGAUCCUUCUGAAAUGCAAUACCUACUCGAAUACUACUCGUUGGUGAAAGAAGGCAAAACCAAUUACAUCUCCACAACAGCGUUUCAUGAUGUGACCGGUCAACAUCCGCUAGAACCGCCCGAAUUCUUCAAGGAGAUGAAAAAGGUGCUCGAGACCGAGGUUGGUGCAGAAAACGGACAGGAGGAGGGCCCGAAGAGCAAGAAGAGGAAGGCGAAUGGGAAAUAA